AUGUCUCCACCAGUAGAAGAACCCAGAUCAGGGCAGGAGGAGGAGGAGGAGAAGGAAGAGGAGAAGGAGAAGGAAGAGAAGGAGGAGGAGGAGGAGGAGGAGGAGGAGGAGGAGGAGGAUUGGGAGCAAGAAUGGCAGAUGCAUGAUGAUAACCUGUCAGCAGAGGAUGAGAAGAUAUUCACCACAUUCUACACAAAGAUGAACAGACACUUCACAAAUGCACAGUACAACUGUUAG